AUGAGCACCAAGGGCAAGUGGCUCACCAUCGAGCAGAAGUGCGAGGUCAUCGCGCAGCACCGGCGCGAGCCCGGCAUGAGCUACACGCAGCUGGCCGAGUGGACCAAGGCGCGCUUCGAGCUGUCGGUGGCGCCAACGCGCCAGACCAUCCGCAACAUCGUCAAGGCCGCGGCCGACAUCGAGGCCAAGCGCCUGAGCGGCAACGUGUCGGCCAAGGGCCGCCGGCCCUGCGUGCGCUCGCAGGAGCUGGAGACGCGCCUGGAGCAGUACGUGGUCGACUGCCAGCAGAGCGACGUGCGGCUCACGCGCCGCCUGCUCAACACGCGCGCGCGGGAGAUCCUGGACGAGCUGCCCGACGCGCCGGCGCACAACCUGUCGGUGGGCUGGCUCACGCGCUUCAUGAAGCGCCACGGGCUGAGCUUCCAGAAGGACAGGGAGGACGCAGUGGAGGGCGCGGUCAUGGGCGGAGCGACGAGCGCUGCUGCGGCUCAAGGGCAGAUGCAACCAGGGAUGGAGCACGCGGUGGACGCGGACGCGGAGCGAGCGCGCGUGGAGACGAUGCGCCAGAAGGCGACAAAGAGGCUGCGCGAGAUCGAGAAGGAGGCCAGGGAGAUCAGGAAGUACCUGCGCCAGCUCGACGCGGUGCCCGCUGUACCUGCAGUGCAGACGGAGGCAGCCGAUGGCCUGAACCCUUAG